GCUCGAUUUUGAAAAUCACCAUCAUCCAUCUGAAAUCAUUACUAACCCCAGUUUGUUUUAUAGUACUUUUUUAUUAUUUAUCAUUCUAUUACUUCUCUUACGACAUUUAUUUGUAAUAUACUAUAUUUAUCAAUUGGUUGUUUUAUAUUAUAACAUUUAUCAAUUGUUCGAGAUAGUUUUUAUUUUAUUUCCGUUUAUCACCUCACCUCACCCCACCGACCAGUUGACUUACUUCAGUUGAUAAAAUUAUGACAAGACCAACAACUCCACUAACUUCUGGCCCAGGUGGUCAAUCUCAGUGGCAAUCUUCAAGUCAUAAAGUUCCAGCGUAUGAAAAGUCAAUUCAUGAAAAACUUAUUGAAAUUUAUAAUACGGUAUUAUCCCUUAAGAAUAAUCGAAAUAAAUAUAUUAAUUCUAAACAAAUUUAUCAAAUUUAUGAUGGAUUUUUACUUUGGUUACAUGAACUUAAAAUUACUAGAAAGGAUGAAGAAUUAAAGGGUUUAAAUCUUAAUUUACCAAAUAAUAAUGAUUUUUUAAUUGAUGAUAUUUGGCAAUUAUUAUCACUUUGUUUUGUAACUUGUGGAUUAAUUAAAUUUGCUCCAGCAACUUAUAGUUCAUUAAGUACAGUUAAUAAAUUAUUAGAUCAUUUAAAAGAAGGUCAAGUAUAUACUUAUGAAGAUUUAAAACCAAUUAGAAUAAGAUUAGAUGAAAUUAAAUCAAUUAUUGAACAAAAAAAUGAUGAUGAUGAUUAUGAUGAAGAUAAUAAUAAUGGUGAUUAUCAAGAAGAUCCAAGUAAAUCUCAUCAUGAUGAAGAAAAUUUAUUAUUAAGAACUAAAUUAAAUAAAUGUGAAUUACUUUAUAAUUCUUUAGAAUCUAAUUUUAAGAAUUUUCCUCGUGAUUUAGAAUUAAUUUAUAAUAAAUUAAUAUCUAUUAGAAAAGUAAUUUUAAAUUAUUUAACAGCAAAUUCAACAGAAUCUAAUAAUAAAAGUAUACAUAAAAAAGAUCCAAAAAUUAUUAAUAAAGUUAAUCAAUUAAAAUCUGAUUUAAAAGAAAUUGAAAGUUUACGUGAUAUUAAUGAUGGGAAAUUUCAUUCAAAAUUAGUUGAACCAUCAAAACAACUUCAAAGUGAUAAUAAAAUUCAACCAGUAAUAAAUGGAUUAAUUGAUGAUUGUAAUAAUUUAUUACAAGAUUUAUUAAUUCAAAAUGAAUCAACAAGUUUAUCAAUUGAAUUAUCUAAAUUAAAUAUUAAAGAUGAUUUAGAAGUAGAUGAUUUAAUUACUAAUGAAGAUAAAGAAAAAUUAGAUAAUUUAAGUAAUGUAAAUUCAAAAUUUGAAUCAAUUUAUAAUCAAUUAUCUGAUUUAAAAUUAAAAUUAGAAAAUUUAUUAGUUACAAGAAGAUGGACAAUGAGAGAAACAGAUUUAUAUAGUUAUCAACAAUUAAUAAAAUCAAUUGAUGAACAACGACUUUUAUUAAAUAAUCAAAUUACUGCCAAUCAAGCUGAUGAUUCAAGUCCUUCAAUAAUUCAAGAUAAAUUAAAUAUUAUAAAUAAUCAUUUAAGAAAAAAUCAUACUUUAAUAUUAUAUUUAUUAAGAAGAUGUUAUGGAUUAAUUUAUAAAUUAUUAGAAAGUUCUGAACCAGUUAGUGAAUCUUUACAACCAAUUCAUAAUCAAUUAUCUACAGUUCGUAAAUGUUUAUUAGAAAUUAAAAGAGUUGAUGGUUUAAAUAAUUUACGAGAAUUAUAUCCAUUUCAAUUUAAAUUAGCAUCACUUGAUAAUCUUCGUAAUGAUGGGAAAUUUAUUAUAAAUAAUCAAAUUCCUGAAGGUCAAGCAACACUUAAUGCAUUACUAGAAGAAUGUUUUGAUAUAAUUCAUGAAUUAAAAAUUGAAUUAGAAGAAAAGGAAGAAUUAAGACAUGAAAGAAAACAACGUCAUCAUCGUAAAAAUACUAAUGAUGAUGAACAAGAUAAUGAAAAUGAAAAUGAUAAUGAUAAUUCAAGAGUACAUUCUCAUCUGAUAUUAUCUAAUUUAAAUUCUUCAUCAGUUAAUCAAAGUGUUACUGAUUUAACUGAUGAUGAAGAUAUUAAAUCUGAUGAUGAAGUUGAAUUAAAGAGAAAAAGAUAUGUUGGAUUUAAUGAAGCUGAUUAUGAUCAAGAAUCAGAAUCAGCUUAUGGAGAUGAAGAUGAAGACUUUGAUGAUGAUGACUAUAACUUGAGUGAUGACGAAUAUGAAGGAAAUGAUUACUAUUAAUUAACCAAUUAACCAAUUAAAAUUCUUUCUCUAUAACUAUAACUAUAUAUAUACUUUCUACAUAAAUAUCUUACAUAUAUAUAUAUAUAUACUAGUACUACUGCUAUAUACAUU